GACGUUGUUAUUUCUAAAGAGGAUUGGGGUUGAGUCAAUAAGGUUAAUUGGCCCUAAACCCCUUGAUUGCAGCGGUCGGGAUGCGCUAUCGUUUACGUCAUUAGCGCCGUUUAUUCUUUCAAGUCUCACUAAAAUCGUCGAUUGCAUAUGCGAUUCAGACAUUGCCUACAUCAUCAUCCAUUGGGCUUCAUGAGGGCGCAUGUCAAUUAUACCGAUUUACCAAGGGCACUUACUUGCUUUGCUCUUAGAGGAAGACCAAAUGUUACCAAACGGAUAAUUCGCCAGUUAAACACUUGUAGCUCUAACAUACGACGACCUACUAAGCUUGAAGCACGGUCAAUAUAUCAAGUUGAGAUGAAACGCAGUGCAUCAUCAAUACCUAAAACCACCCCGAGAGCUAAGAAACCUCGGCCAGAAGUACCAGAAUAUCAUUUGACUCCGUCAAUACGAGAUGAAUCUGGAGAAAUCGUAUGGCCGGCUCCUAGAGAGCAGAUCGAGCGCGCUCGAGAUUUCAUUCGGGAGUGCGUUUCCGCAAAGAAGAAGACGUUGAUCGUACCUGAUAAAGAUGCCGAUGGAUUAACAUCCGGUGCUAUCCUACAGAAGACUCUCAUCCUCCUUGGAUUAGAGCCUGACUCGAUAUCAGCACACUUGCUUCAGAAAGGAACUAAUAUUCACGAUGAGCGCGAGCGUGCCGCUAUGGCUGCUUGUAAGCCCGAUUAUAUAUUCGUCCUUGACCAGGGGUCACGUAAAUCCCCUCCCGUCAUCGAUGCACCGCACAAAGCUCUGGUAAUCGACCAUCACUGGGCACUAGAUGAGGAUUUCCCUGAAGGUUCACAGCAUGUUACAGCAUGUAACUCCCCGCCCGUAGCCACAAGCUCACUUCUCACCUAUCAUAUAUGUAAUGAGUUACAUGAAGAAGUUCAGAGUAGUUGCGAUUGGCUAUGCGCAAUGGGCACCCAUGGUGACCUAGGCAAUACACUGAAAUGGGAGCCCCCGUUUCCAGACAUGAAGGCUACAUUCAAGACUUACACCAAGAAAGCCGUAAACGAUGCGGUUUCGCUAAUAAACGCUCCUCGUCGAACCGCCACCUACGGUGUUCCAGCGGCAUGGACCGCCCUAAUAACUGCAAGCUCGCCCAAAGACCUGCUACAAAACAGCAGUCUCCUUGCAGCUCGAGCUGAAGUGAACGCCGAGGUGGAACGUUGCACUCACACAGCCCCCAAAUUCUCAAGUGACGGGAAGAUCGCUGUAUUCCGCAUCAACUCCGCGGCGCAAGUUCACCCGGUGAUAGCGACGCGUUGGGCGGGGCACCUACAGUCGCCGAAGUUAGAAGUGAUCUUGGUAGCAAACGAAGGGUAUCUUCCCGGGAUGGUGAAUUUCUCAUGCCGCAUCCCUCGCAGCGCGCGGGCGAGGGAGCGGCCGGUCAACAUUAUCGAGACGUUGAAGGAUAUCGCGGCGAGGGCGCCGAACCCGACUCUGCGGGACAGGCUCGGCGAGUCGUUCGCUAGGGGCCAUAAGGAAGCUAGCGGAGGAAUUGUGCCAAAGGUAGAGUUUGAGGAAUUCUUGGAUAUCCUGGAGAUUGGUAAGAAGCCUGAAAUAAGUGGUAGCCCGAAGAAGGCCAAGGCGGCGCCUUUGAAGCAGGCGAACACCUUGACGAAUUAUUUUAGCAAACAAGCAUCUUAGAUGUUAUGACACAUUAUCUUUUGGCAUAUAUAAAUAAGAUGAUUAAUAAAAUGAAUCAACUCCGAGAGAAGAUUGUGAGGAGAGUGAGAAUAGGUUCAUGAAUGUUGAACAUGAAAUCGCACAUAGGAUCAGCAC